AUGUUUUCAUCUCUGUCCCGCGUGGCCUCGACCCCAUCGAGGUGCAUUCUUGAGCAAGUAUCACGCCAGACUCCCAAAGCUGCGGCAUUGACAGGGGCCUCGCGAGCACUUUCUUCCACACCAUCUGCCCAAACGGAUGUCACACUGCUUCAAGACAAGAAGAGCGGGUUUGGAUUUGCGCGGUCAAACCCAAGACCUCCGAAGCCACGGACGAAGGGGGUUACGGAAAUCAGAGGCCCCUACUAUACAGUGAUGGGUAAAAGAUACCUGGCAGAUGUGCUUGAGACGAUGGGAACUCAUGUGGACGGCUUAAAGUUUGCAGGAGGAUCAUUUUCUCUCUUCCAGGAGAAACCCUUGAAAGAACUCAUUGAUCUUGCUCAUGACCAUGGUGUCUAUGUCUCGACGGGCGGAUGGGCUGAACAUCUACUUACUCACCCUGACGCAAAUGCUGUCUUUGAUAAAUAUCUUCGGAAGUGCAAGGACCUGGGAUUCGAUGUGAUUGAACUCUCGUCCGGUUUCCUCUCCUUCCCGGAGGACGAUUGGCUCCGACUUGUCGACAAGGUGCACUCUUACAAGCUAAAGGCGAAGCCUGAAUUAGGGAUUCAGUUCGGUGCUGGGGGUGACACCCCAGCAUCCGGCUUGGAGGCGAUCGGCACCUCAGACCCGUCCAAGCUGGUGAACCUGGGACGCAAGUUCCUUGACGCAGGAGUUGAGCGCCUGAUGAUUGAAUCGGAGGGCAUCACCGAGAAUGUACAGUCGUGGCGGACCGAUGUGGUGUCGCAGAUCAUGAAGGAGCUUCCAUCGGAGCGUGUCAUGUUCGAAGCAGCAGACCCUAAGGUGUACAACUGGUAUAUUCGAGAGUUUGGCAUUGAUGUCAACCUGUUUGUCGAUCAUAGCCAGAUCGUGCAGCUCUCAUGCUUGCGCCACGGCAUCUGGGGUACGGCCGAUACCUGGGGCAAGAUUGUGUCAUUCCGGCCGGAGCUCGAACAACGUCCUAGGCCCGAAUUCAUCCACACAGUCUUCGCAUGCUUCAUCAUGCCUAAAGCGAAUACGGCCCCCGGGGCUCGUCUCCGGUGCAGGCGAGCAUGCGACAGUUGCAAGCGGAGGAAGCAAAAAUGCAACGGAGAACAACCAUGUACGAUCUGUAUCCAACGGCGCAAAGAGUCGGAGUGCCAUUUUUCAGAUAAACCGGCGAGACUACUCAAACCAAACAACACCUCGAAAGACACCAUGCUUCUUAGCGAACGCAUAGUACCUACUCCCCAGAGGCAGACGGCCAUGGACCGACUCCUGAACUCGCUCGAAGACCGGAGCGCGAAUCUGGAACAACAAGCUGCAGAUGAUAAGGAUGGGACAGCGCCGGUGCCCAAGGUGGCCAGGCUCUUGCGCGAUGGUCAAGGGAAAUUUAUGUACGUUGGUGACUCGGCCAGCUUGUCCUUCCUACAGAGUGUCCGUCGGAUCGUGUCAUCUUCAAUCGGCCGGUGCGAGUUCACGGAGGACAACUCACGACAUUCGAUGCUCGAGGCUUUCCAGAAUGGCCCUACGGCACCGACCGGGCCGUUGAUGUCGCCACCAAGCAACGAAGAGGCUCAGAGGCUUGCGCGCCAGUUCGUUCUUGCCACCAGCCCAUUGCUAGAUUUGUUCGACCUCAACGAAUUCCACCCUCGGCUCGCGAAUUGGGUCGAGAAUCCGACCGGAGAUGAGGAUACUGUCAGUUCGAUUUUCUACCUCGUGCUUGCGAUCGGAGCGCAAGUAUCCGAUAUCAAUCAAACCCUGGCCGAGCAGUAUUUUGUUAGCGGCCGUCAGUUAGCAUUCUCCGCCUUCACAGAGACUCCAAGCAUAUACACCAUCCAGUCGUAUGUCCUCAUCUCGAUGUAUAUGUUGGGUGCCUGUCGACGUAACGGGGCCUUUAUGAAUCUUGGGAUCGCACUCCGAGCCGCGUAUGCGGUUGGAAUCCACCGGAAGGACGCGAAUGCGCUUUUCUGUGCACGGGAACGACGGGCUCGGGAGCGCGUGUGGAAGAGUCUGCGAAUGAUGGACCUUUACCUCAGUGCCUCCUUGGGGCGGCCUCCUGCAACACUGGACUUUGAUUAUGAUCUGCGUGAAGACAGCAUCGCCGCCGGGGAGCAACAGCGCCUCCAUCCGGAAGAGCAGUUAUCCACGACCGUGAUCUCGCUAUGCCGCAUCUUCGAACGAAUUCUCACCGAGGUUUACAUGCGCCAGGUAGUCUCAAUCAAUGUCGCGGAGGCCAUUUCAAAUCAGCACCGAGCCUGGGUGCGCAGUCUCCCCAUGUUCUUGCAGAUGCAGACCGAGCGCCUGGAUUCCAAGACGCUGGAAGGCACCUUGUCCGCAGCGCACAUUUUCGGUUCUUACUACUGGUCGAUCAUCCUCCUCACUCGGCCAUUCCUCAUAUUCCGAGUAUCCCAAUAUGUGCGAAAUCGAAGCGAGGCGACCGGAUCGUCCGACAGCAGGGCCAGCAACUCCCGCAUUGCGCUCUUUGCCGACGCAUGCGUCUACUCGGCCUUGCGCGGGCUCAACAUCGUGGAUGACCUCUGUCGUUACACAACGCUUCCCCGCAGGCUCCCUUUUCUCAUCAACUCCGUCUUCAACUCAGCCGUGGUUCUCGGAGCAGCGUUCUUCGCCGACUACGACAACCUCCUCCCGCUUGAAGAAGGGAUGGACAAGGCGGAGAAGUUCUUAGGCCUCUUUGUGCCCCACGAUCCACAUGCGUGUCGCUUCUUCCAGAUUAUCAAGUUCCUCCGGGGCGCAGUGGCAGAGUACGUGCGGCGACGGAACCGUCAAUGGAUGGAGCGUCGCAGCCGACAAGUCGACCAGCUCUUCGGCCAGGUCGGGCCCAACAAUGAACCCUCGGUUACAGAAACCAACACCCCAACCAGCCAUCGCGGCGAUCAAGCCGCCGUACCGUCUCCCUUAUCGCCCGACAAGCUAGCCGGGGCCUCUGCUGCUCAUCCACCGGAUCUAUCCACCAGCACCACCACCGGUCCAACUGAUAGUGACAUCUGGGACACCCUCUGUGGCGCGCAAGGUGCUGGCCCUCUUCCAUUCGACACCGCCAUCUCGACUCUCACAACCACCGGGAUUCCAAUCGGCUGUUCUCCGGGCGGUACUAUUCCCACCGCCGGGAUCCCGCCAGAAGCUCCAGGUGCCCACACCCCGCUGUCCGACGUGAUCCUCCCAGACAAUGGUCUCCUCUACAUGGCUGAAGACCUUCCCGUAUUUGGAAUCUGGGAAGACGCAUGA